AUGGGUCAGUAAAAUGCUUAGCCAUGAAUGCCCGUAGCUUGAUGAGUACCCAUAUACUAACAGAAUCUGAAACUGUCCGCAAUCUAAACUGCUUUCAAGACUUAGUUUAUUCUGAACAAAUUGAUAUUGUUUGUGUCAAUGAAACUUGGCUCAAUGGAAACAUUGAUAAUUCAGAAAUCCUGAACUCCGAUUACACUAUACUUCGAAAAGGUCGCGAAACUCGAGGCGGUGGAGUAUUACUUGCAAUUAAAACUGAUUCCUUUAAGUCGGUGCGAGAAGUUCAUCAAAAUCAAUAUCUAGAAAUUAUCUCUGCCGAAAUAACUACAUCCUCAAAUAGUCGACUCUUGAUUUGCUCUUGCUACCGUCCACCUAACGCUGAUCAAAAUUGGCUCAACAAUUUUAACCACUAUCUAAAUGAUGUUUGCAGCUGCCAUGAGAAUAUCAUUCUUGUUGGCGACUUUAAUAUGCCACAUAUCUCCUGGAAUUCCCCAGAAAAUACAACAGAAGCCAAUGAAAUUUCAUUCUUAGAAUUAAUGAAUGACUAUUUCUUAUCUCAACUUAACAACAAACCAACUAGACGCAACAACGUGCUGGACCUUGUGCUUUCCAAUGUUCCCAACCUUGUAAAUAUUCAUGAAGUUUUAUCUCCUGCUGAAGCAGAAGUUUUCACUGAUCACAAUAUAAUUCUCUUUGAUGUCCUUAUAUCUCCAAAAUCUCCAGUAAAUAUGAAUAGAACAGUAUACGACUACCAACGUGGCAAUUUCGAUGCUUUAAGAUCAUCACUCGAAUCCGAGAAUCUGUCCAACCUAAUAUCAGCGGAAGGGGAUAUUGACCACGGCUGAUCUGGAAAAGUACUUUCCUUACAAUAGUUGCUGAUCAUAUCCCAACUAAAAGACUUCGAAGUCGAAAAUAUGUGCCUUGGCUUACUGGUGAAAUUUUGCACAACAUCAAAAAGAAAAAUUCCCUUAAGACAAAGAUUGAAAAAAUCUCCCAGUGCCAUGACUAUCUCCGCCACAAGUUUAAAACUCUCAGAGCCACAAUCAAGCUUAUGAUAAAAAUCAGCCGAUCCAACUACAUUUCCUCUCUCUGCACAAACAUCCAAACCAAUUCCAAACGUUUCUGGUCACUAUUUAAACUUAAAGGCGCAACACGUUCUGUCCCGGAAAAAAUUUCAAUAAAAAUUAGUGUCAACAAUGUUCGUGAAUAUGGCGAGAAUCCUAGGGACAUCGCAACACUUUUCAACCGCUACUUUGUAUCAAUCUUCUCGAGUGAUCCUAUCAAUAUUGUUAAUCAACAAUCUAUAUCCGAAACCACUGACACUAUUUUUAAUGACAUUGCUUUGUCGGAAGGAACAGUGCGCUCAGUUUUAAGAAAUCUUGAUAACAACAAAGCGCAUGGUCCGGAUGAAAUCCCAGCAAGAUUACUUACCGAAACUGCAUACCAAAUCGCUCCAUCUCUAUGCCUUCUGUUUAACAAGUCCUUAAAAAGUGGAAUAGUACCUCGAGAAUGGAAACUUGCCAAUGUUGUACCCAUCCACAAAAAGGGAGAUAAAGAUCAUGUAGAAAACUAUCGGCAAAUUUCUCUUCUCUCACUUGUCUCCAAAGUCUUAGAGCGUUGCGUGUUCAUUAGUAUCAAAGAACAUGCUUUCAGUCAAAUAAAUUCUUGCCAACAUGGCUUCAUUUCAGGAAAAUCAUGCGUGACACAACUAAUUGAAGUUUUAGAUACCAUCGGCAGCAAUUUAGAUCUCGGAAAGCAGAUUGAUGCGAUCUACCUGGAUAUGUCAAAAGCAUUUGAUAAGGUUAGUCACGUACGUCUUUUACAUCGUCUCAGAGAAUUUGGAUUCGGAGGAAAUCUCUUAAUGUGGUUUAAUUCUUACUUGAAAAAUCGCCAACAACAAACUACUGUUCUCGGUGCAACAUCGACAGCACUACCAGUGACAUCCGGAGUACCACAAAGUUCCAUUCUUGGCCCGCUACUUUUCCUCUUAUAUACCAAAGAUCUAUCCUCUUCCAUCGAACGUAGCAGCUUUCGCUGAUGACACUAACAUUUUUAAAGUGAUUAACUCCAGGACCGAUGCAAUGUUAUUACAAAAUGAUCUUCUCAACUUUAAUUCCUCCUCAUCCAAUGCUGGUCUGCAUCUUAACACAUCAAAAUGUAAAACCCUCCAGGUCACCUGGAAACACAACAAAAUAGAUUUCUCUUAUCAACUACAAGAUACCAUACUAGAAAGACUGAUUGCGAACUCGAUUUAGGUGUAUGGACGAAUUAUGAUCUCACUUGGUCAAAGCAAGUUACACAACAAAGUAACCUGCUGGGUUAUAUUCGAAGAUCAACUUUCAAUAUUCGCGAGUUUGCAAUUCGACGAAAACUGUACCUUUCUCUGGUUCGCUCACACUUAGGAUAUGCCACCCAAGUAUGGGCGCCCCAAACAGUUGCGUUGGUGAAAAGAGUAGAACGAGUUCAGAGGCGUGCAACUAAAUAUAUUUUAAAUGUUCCCUUUAUUUGUGAUACAGAAUAUAGAAACCGACUCUUGCAACCAGUUUGCUCCCUUUCAGCUACUGGCACGAAUACCUGGAUGUAGUAUUCUUCUAUAAGGCAAAUCACGACAUUUUUAAUAUUGAUAAAAAAUUCUUCCAUUUCCUCAACCUCAGGGUCAAAGACAGACAAGAUCAUUUAAUCCCAACUCGCACAAAUAUAAAAUUCCGACAUACAAGACGUCAACCUAUGAAAAAUCUUACAAAAUCCGAACAUCAAGAAUAUGGAACACACUAUACCCAAUUAUAUUACAUCCAAAGACCUAACAUUUUCAGAAUUCAAGAAUCUUCUUUUUAAGUACUAUAUUUUAGCAUUAGAAAAUACAUACGAUGUUGAGGAUCCCCGGACAUGGAAAAGUAUGUCAGUAUAAAAUGUAAUUCCGCUCGAAGUUUAAUGAACUCUCCAUUGACAUGCUGCUUUUAGAGAAAUGUAAUGACUGUUGUUCAAGUAUUGUCUGUUGUGUGUGUUUAGUAUACCGUGUAAAUUGUUUCUGUAUAACUAUUGGGGCCGCUGCAAUUGGCAAUAGCUGUUGUGGUUUCCCAGCCAAUGAAUGUAUAAGUAUGAUGGCAAAGUAAAUAAAUAAAUAAAAGUUGCCUGGCAUUAGACGGGCUUAUAAAUGCCUGAACUUAUAUGUGAAACAUUACCUCCAUACCAUAUUAAUUAACCAUUAAGUUGCAUUGUGCCCUAAUGCACCCUACUUUAUUAUUUUACUCUGUCUAACACCAGACAAUUUUACUUGUGAACUGGAGAGCCACUGGUGCUCAAUGGGUUAACAUAUCAAUAAUGUCUAACUGAACAGUUUGGGCUCUGCUCUGCAGUAAAUUUCCCUGUAAUCAGUGACCCAAUACAUCUUCAGUGUCUUGAUAUUGUACUGUCACUAUUUUAUACGUAUAAUGGAUAUUUCUCAUUUAGAGUGAUGUGUUAUUUGUACUACAAACGGCCAAAGAAUAGCCCUUGGAGCUAUAACAUUUUAAUAACUAAUACUGUAUUACAUGUAACUUGAUUGUACAGGUUUUAAAAUUAUUUACUGCUAAUUUGAUGAUUAUUCUUUGACCAUACAAAACCAAGCUAAUUUUUGUCUUUAAUUAAUUUUGAAACAAUUCAUGUUUCUUGGUAUGGAGUUUCACUAACAACAGUGGCAUGGAGCUCAUUGUGGGAGCAUUCUGCAAUUACCAAGAAUAGAUUAUAGCCAUAGGGGCUAUCAAUAUAGAAGCCAGGCUGGCCAGGUUGGCAGAAUAAUUUAUCAUUUCCUUGCCAACACAAUUCUAUUGUUUUGACAAUAUUCUAUUUUAUUUUUAUUUUAUUUUUUUUUUUUAUUGUUUUGACAAUAUUUAUUUUAUUUGUUGUUUUGGCUUUAUUUUGACCAAGUCAGUCCAGUUAGUGGUUAAGAGCCAUAAAAUAUCUUCCCGGUGUAACUGAGAGCUUGCCUUGUCUGAACUGAGGUAGCGUGGUUGUCCAUACAAAUUGAAAAGAAUUUCAACUAUAAAAAUAACCACACAGUCAGGUCUUGCUUACUGGUCUAGCUGUCGCAUGAACAGCCCUUACCUCAGGGACACCAGAAAUAUGCCAGGACUUUUUUUUUACAAUCUUUGUCACAUGACCGGUUUAACCCACAGAGCUAGUUGCUCCUUUACGGGUAACCUGCUAAUGCAAUACUGAAAUAUAGGUUAAUACAGUGGAUAUUUCGCUUGAGUUUAGUCAAUUAACCCAAUACCCAUAGGGAUGGGGCAAAUAUUAAAGUUAAUGCAUGGCCUUUUAAAGAUACAUACAACAAACUCACUAUCAGAGAGCACACAAUUUUCAACCUUGGGCAAAACAUGCAUUCUCAGAUCAGCUGAGCUUUAAAUUGUCCUGCACCAGUUCACCACAAGCUCGUGCAUGACAAAAUCCUUGGCUAAAUCUAUAAAACCUUACUUCCCUCUUUAAUAUAGUUUCAUGUCAAAUUCAUAUACUAGAUGUACAACCAUUCCUUGGGAUUGAGGGCUAAAUACUCGUGGCUUAUUUUCUGUAAAAUAGAGUAACAUUCUACCAUUUAUUCCUAACAUUUUUUCAUGAAAUAGUAAUGUGAAUUUUGAAAAUUUAUUAAAUACCUGUUUAUAGUCUGAUAACAAAAUACGAAUGUUUGCUCUGGUUUGAAGUAUCGUUUUUGCCCACAUUUCGCGAGGUUUUAAUAGUUGUUUGUUGUCUUUCACGCUCCACGGACGAAAAUUAACGUGUACGGCUUCCACAUCUUUGAACAAAUUUUCAACAGUCGAAAAAAUAUGUCGAAAAUAUCAAAACAACAAGGAUUCACUUGCAAAAAGCCGAAAUGUUUUUAUAAAAACCAGGGGGGGGGGGUGAAAACUGCGGUGGGCUCAUAUUUGAGUCUUGUUCAGUGGCAAUUAGCAUGAAUUUAGGGACCAGUAGUCAAAAUGGCGUCAUUUUUCAUCAAAAUCCGCCAUUUUUUGGCGACACUUUGUUGACUGAAUGAAUCAUAGGAGCAGAUCCUCCAGUUAUUAUACAGCUCAGUGGACGUGACAUGUAUAUCUACAAAAAUUGAAGAUGACGGACAUUUUAUUCUUUUCGAUCAAAGUAUUUGUAGAAAUAAGCAAGAUAUGAAAAAACAGUAAAAGAGUUUUAUAUGUAGUCUUAAAAGUUCUUUCAAAAGAGAAAAUAAAAGAUAUAUUGCCAUUUUCCGUUAACAUACAGUAGUGUCCCAGAAUGUUAAUAUGUUAGUAUUUGCAGUUAGACAUUUUAACCUGCAUGACGAUUUAAUCUUUCAGCUUGCCUACAGCAUUGCGGGAAUAGUUGGUGGUCCUUUGCUUGGAGUAUUUUUCUUGGGAAUUAUGAUACCAAGAGCCAAUUAUAAGGUAUCACGAAGUGUAUUUUUCAUAUAUGGAACAUCUUUAGAUGAUGUAGUGAUGUACACAAUAUAACACAAUACAGGUAACAUAAAAACUAUUGUGAAGAUCCAUAAUUUCUAUAUUAACCAAAAAUCAACUGUCAAAAACUAUGUAUAAGUAUACUAGAAUUACUGAUCCUUUGAGAACUGCAAACUAUAGGGCGUAGGGAGCAUCAAAAGUUGGGGGGGGGGCACCGACUUUGAGGGGCACUUUAGGGUAUUGAAAAGGGCGCCUAAAAAAUUUUUCCCGGAAAUGUUGGCGACGAGGGAGAGAAACAUUUUCCCGUCGUACCAUACCGAAAUUGCACGUUUUUGACCAAUUUUUUUUAAAAACGUGGAAAUUUCCAAACAAAAAAGGCACCUUUGAUGUUAAUUUAGUAUUUACAGCGACAUUAGCUUGUACAAAAAGGGCACUUUUAUCACAAAAAAGAGCACUUUUAAUGCUUUGAAAAAAUUGGGGGAGGCACGUGCCGCCCCGGUUCUUACGUCCCUGAUAGGGACAGGUGAGAUCGCUUCCUCGCACCAACCUCAACUUUAUUACUCGCCCAAUAAAAUUUAGGAAACAAUUCUGAGCUGGACUUGUGGCAAGUCUGACUAUACAGGGUGUAUAAAAAAAGGAGACCUUUAGCAUAUCAAGCAUAUUGUUAAGAUUUGAAUGCCUUUUCAAUUGCACAUAUGCUGAACCGUACUGCGUGAAAUAUUGAUGAGUGCGUACAUUAGAAAAAGAAGACCUUUAGAAUUUGAAAUAACGUUUAAACAAAAGAUUGUCUGCUCCUGGGAACAAUGUGCCAUGCAUACUGUACGUAGAUCGCAUGUUACGCGCUCGUGGGCUUAGCAAAGUGUUCCAGGAUUCAAAUUAAAACAAUGAUUGAUUUCUAAAGGUCUCCUUUUUCUAAUAUAUGCACUCCAUCAAUAUUUCACGCACCAGGGUUCAGCAUAUGUGCAAUUGAAAUGGCAUUCAAAAUUUAGCAAUAUGCUUGAUUUUUAAAGAUCUCUUUUUUUUAUACACCCUGUAUAGAGAGAGUUCUGCGAACCUUCAGACCCGAGCAAUAUAGGCCAUUUAAUUUAGAAAUUGGAACACAAAAAUCAGAAAAAUACCAACUAGAACUAUAAAAUAUGAAGAGAACUGUAAAAUAUAAGGAAUCAUAAUUAAUAUAUAUAUAUUGAUAUUUUUGAAAUCAGUUUUAAUUGUCGACUAGUUAUUGAGAAGAAUUUUUUUUAAUUAAACACAGCUGGAAAAUUCUGUCUCCCUUACCCAUCAACGAUUAAGAACACUAGUUAUCAUGAUUAUUGAACAAUGUUACAUUCCAGAUCUAUUGCGUGUUGCAGCAAAAUGUUAUUAUGCAGUGAAAAUGACUUAGACCAUUGAAACUUUUUAGGUGGGAUAAUAAAGUUUAGUUGAGAUGUACAACGGUGCAACUAUUCUAUCUUUUACUUAGAGUUAAGUUGUUAAUGUGCGGACUAUACCAGUAUACGACCAUAUCACAUCAGUCCUAAACGAGUUGCGUUGGUUAUCACGCCAUAGUUAAACUCACACAAUUCUUGCGUUUAAGUGCAUGACUGGAUGUGCGCCAGGUUAAAUAAGCAAGCGUACUACCCGUUAUGGACAAAAAUUAACAUUCCCCUGUUUAUACGAGUGCGAUCGGGCCAAAAGACAUUUGAAUAUUGUACUGUUAUAUUAUCAUUUUACAGGGUGCCUAUGCUGGAGCUUUUGUAGGUGUUGUCUUGACAAUAACCAUCGCAAUCAGCGGCGCGAUUUAUCCUCCUAACAAAAUGGCUGGUAGUAUAUCAAUCAAGGCAUGCAACAGUUCUAUCUAUGCAAAUACAACAGCUGAUGGCAUCAUGUCAAAUACCUUCGUAGCACAUAGGUACAGGACUAACCAUGACCACUCCCCAGUACUGCUAUGAAAUCAAUACACCAUUUUCUAUAUGCAAAUUUUGCUAGUUUCAGUCCUCCUAGUGUAGUGAUAUUGUGUUACGUCGUAAACCUGGUACCUAGGGCUGUAUAAGGUUGGUCACUUAAAGGUGAUCUACAGUCCGUAUGUAAACAAAGCCUUUGUUUACAUUUUUGUGUCCAAAAUAUUGAGCUUUAUUCGACAACUAUUUAUAUUUUCAAGCUUCUAGAGUAUAAUAAAUUAUCAAGAAACAACAAUCAGGCUUUUCAAGAACUCAAAACAUAGUUAAACUGUUUGUAUCAUAAAAAGUGGGCUCAUUUGUGCACAUGCGCAGAUCGGGCUGUAGAUCACCUUUAAUAUAAAUUUAAUAUAAUGAAACAUGGACACGUGAUAUAUAAAAACUAGCGAAUUGAAACAUGGUGAAAACCGCCAAUAUAGUUAUUUUAGUUGCAAUUGUUAUUACAUAAUAAUCGUAAUAAAAUAACAAGAAACAACAUCUAUAGGCUUCUUUUCAGUUCAUUCUUAGGGGAAAUGAUAACCUCCCUCCCGGCAGGAAUGGGGCAAAGAAAAGUUUGCGUUAACAAAACGGCGUAUUUGGUGUGAUUGCGAAACAAAGAUGUUUGUAAUAAUUUCUAAUCCUACUUUUUUAAUUACUAUAAUGGCUGCUAUGCUAAAUCCUAAUUUUUUUAAUUACUAUAAUGGCUGCUUUUACCCCUUGUUAAAAUGUGAUUAAUUUUAACGAAAGUUAAUGCAUAGAAGACUGUAUUAUUACAGAUACUGUACGGUAACAUUUCACAAUAUUUCCGUUGUUAACGUGCUUUUUGGCUGGGCAUUAACAAGCAAACAUAGUACUGGAAAUGUUGAAAAGUAGCAAACAAUACAAACCACUAAUGUGUAAUGUGCUUCUGCCAAAACGAUGUGCAAUGUAGUUCUGCAAAAAACGUACUGUACCAAAUAAAUUGCAAUUUCAAUAUUCAAAUUAACUUUCUCAUGUUCUUUUAAAGUGAACCGUUCGCAAAACUUGGGAGUCUAUCAUAUUUGUGGUAUGGUGCAACUGCCGUGGCUACAACAUUUGUUGUGGGAGCUAUAGUCAGCUUGAUAUGUGGUAAGUACCGCCAGGUCAAUAUUAAUUAAUAUCACUGUGAUUUUGAAAGGUAAUUUUAUAGAUUCUGUAAAGUCCGUAAUGUAAACAAACGCUUUGUUUACAUUUUGAACUGCUAUAUUUGUAAAAUAUGAUCUACUAACUGAAUAUCUCACACUUUUCUGGUUCGUUAUGCUUGUAAAUGAGUACAACCCAUACGAAAAUCAACACUAUUUUAACCCUAUGUUAUCCCUAUUUUACUUUCUAUUUUAUUCCUAUAGAAAAGCUAUUUUAUUUUUAACCCUAUCAUAUUGCUAUCACAUAUACAAAUCCUAUAUUAAACCUAUUAGAACUCUGUUUUAAUUGUAUUUUAUAGCUAUUAUAAAUAGGUUUUUUUGAAACAAAAAAUAGCCUAUUUUAAAUAGAUUUUAUUUUUCUGAAUCGGUGAAGCACAGAUUAAAAUAGGUUUAAAAUAGGAUAAAAUAUAUUUAAAACAGAGUGCAAAAUAGAAAUAAAAUAAUAAAGUAAAGUGAAACAUUGGUAAUAAAAUAGUCGAAAAUACAUAUAAAAUAGUGGAUCAACUGCAGUAUAUUAACUAAAAAUAGUAAUACAAUUACUGCAAAAAUAGUAAUAAAAUAGUUUAAAAAUAUGAAUAAAAUACUGAUAAAAUAGUAAUAAAAUUGUAGAAUUUAAAAUAGUGAUAAAAUAGCGAACAAAAUAGCAAAAAAAUAGUUCAAAAUUCUUAUAAAAUAGUAUAAAAAUAGUAAUAAAAUAGUCAGAAAGUAGUAAUAAAAUAGUUAUCAAAUAGUUAUAAAAUAUCAAUAAAAGAAUAGUAAAAUAGUCAUAAAAUAGCAAUAAAAUAGUCAGAAUGUAACAAUAAAAUAGUUAUAAAAUAACAAUAAAAUAGCUAUAUAAAAAUAGUAGCACGCAAUUAAGCUAGCUAGACGUUUCAAUUAAAAAAAGUUCAAAGAUGUAAAAUUUGGGCAAUGUUUAUAUCUGCGGGUCCCCAUUUGUUAUGAUGCAGAACGGACUUUACAACAUCUUUAAAGGCUAUGGGAAUAUCAAAGUAAUAUGUCAAUUCCAAUACUUACAAAUAUAUAAAUAAUGCUGUGACCUACAGUAAUCGCACAUAUUGUGAGAAUAAAAUAACAACAAAAUUCUGUGUGACAACUUGUCUGCCAUAUCAGGGCACAUACAAUUUUGUGCAUGUUUUUCGGCAUCUUUAAGUUUCAUCUUCAAUUGCGUUUCAUAAUUUCCUAGUAAAACUUAAUAAAUUGCAGUUCAUUUUCUUUUCUUUUCAUUUAAAGAAACAAACAGUGAUCGCCAGACGCGUCCAGGUCCAGAACUCCUGUUCAAUAUUCCAGACUUCUUCCGAUCAUUAAUAUGUUGCAAGAAAGAAAGCUGGAGUUUGACCAGCGAAUCUUCACCAAUUCAUCGUGCUGACAAUGAGAAAAAAGCAAAGGUAUAUUUACAUAUGUACAUGUAUUUUUUUUAUGUUGGUGUUGUGUACUCAGGCGAAUAAUAUGUUUGCGAUGUUACUCUGAGUGCAUAUCCACACCGGGCGAGCUUGAAAAAUAUGCCCGGCCACGGUGGGAUUCGAACCUACGACCUUUGAAUUACUAGCCCAAUGCUCUUCCAACUGAGCUACGCGGUCAGGACGGUUCGAGUUAGUGAUAUUUCGGAACAGUAUCUAAUUCCUUCAAUACCAAUGUGUUCUAUUAAUAUGAAUUUUUUGUGUUGGUGUUGUGUACUCAGGUGAAUAAUAUGUUUGCGAUGUUACUCUGAGUGCAUAUCCACACCGGACGAGCUUGAAAAAUAUGCCCGGCCACGGUGGGAUUCGAACCUACGACCUUUGGCAUACUAGCACAAUGCUCUUCCAACUGAGCUACGCGUUCAGGACGGUGCGAGUAAGUGAUAUUUCGGAACAGUAUCUAAUUCCUUCAAUACCAUUGUGUUCUAUUAAUAUGAAUUUUUUGUGUUGGUGUUGUGUACUCAGGUGAAUAAUAUGUUUGGUCGUAGGUUCGAAUCCCACCGUGGCCGGGCAUAUUUUUCAAGCUCGCCCGGUGUGGAUAUGCACUCAGAGUAACAUCGCAAACAUAUUAUUCACCUGAGUACGCAACACCAGCACAAAAAAUUCAUAUUAAUAGAACACAUUGGUAUUGAAGGAAUUAGAUACUGUUCCGAAAUAUCACUUACUCGAACCGUCCUGACCGCGUAGCUCAGUUGGAAAAGCAUUGGGCUAGUAUUCCAAAGGUCGUAGAUUUGAAUCCCACCGUGGCCGGGCAUAUUUUUUCAAGCUCGCCCGGUGUGGAUAUGCACUCAGAGUAACAUCGCAAACAUAUUAUUCACCUGAGUACACAACAUCAGCACAAAAAAUUCAUAUUAAUAGAACACAUUGGUAUUGAAGGAAUUAGAUACUGUUCCGAAAUAUCACUUAUACUCGAACCGUCCUGACCGCGUAGCUCAGUUGGAAGAGCAUUGGGCUAGUAUUCCAAAGGUCGUAGGUUCGAAUCCCACGGUGGCCGGGCAUAUUUUUCAAGCUCGCCCGGUGUGGUUAUGCACUCAGAGUAACAUCGCAAACAUAUCUACAUGUAUUAUCGAGGAGCAUUUCGGACCCAUUUUCGGACCUUCAAAAAUAUGCGGGUAUAUUUUAGUAAAUUUUAUUAUUCACGGUUUUUUUCAAAAAAAAUUUAAUUGUUUUUUUUUUACUUUCUGUGCCAGUGUAAUCUCCCUCGCAGACGUUUUCAUAGUUCUAACUCUCGCUAACGAACGUCUGCAUGCUGAAACGAGCUGCACAUUCCAUUCCCUCCGAUCGUCCAAUCACAGCGAACCUUCUAUAUUUCGGAAAGUGAUUUAGGAGCGGAAUAAAUAGUACAUAAAUAUUUUAUAUCUUGAAAGCAGUCGUUGGUUAAAUUUUGGUCAAAAUUGCGCAUAAAUUGAAUUUAAGGACAUUGAUACUUGACCGGUAAAUAAAAUGCACCAUUAAUUAUCUGAGACGGAUAUUAAAGAUGUUCGGUUAUAUUUAAAACGCGGACAGGAUGACAUACUGUAUGAAUCUUAGACUAGUGGCGAAGCAUGCAUCAAGUGCCGAAUAUAUAUAUUUCGCAGAAAUUUGAACUUUUGACAGAUGUUUAUCUUUAAGACAACAGAACUUUGAUAUAAUAAUUUGGCUUAUAGAAAGCGAAAUAUUAGUUUCAAAGUAAACUAAGUUGCUGUUUGACCAACCACUUCUAACUUCCGAAUGUAAACACAACGCAAAUAUAAAACCCGAGAAACUUUUAAUUGCGCGGAGAUCAAUUUCCAAUUGGCAAAACUUCGAAACGUUUAUACAUCUAACUUCGGUAUACUUUUUAUUUUUUAACAUGACAACGAGUCAGAGCUUAAUCUUUUAGAAUUUUUCGUCGAAGCCAUGGCAUAUAUAGGAAGUAUUUAAUAGCAACAUUUGGACAUAUCCUGAUCUACUCGUUCUCGAGUUUCCCGAUUUGUCAUUGUUAACAAAAUUUAAAAUUUCGCCUGUUGCAUAGCUUUUGCAUUUUAUAUACACCGGCUGUUUGCAGAACAUGCGAGAAGAUGAUCACAAUAUUAUUCUACGUAUAAACAUAUCGUGAAGUUCAUGGCUAUAGUUUCCAAAAUAUCUCCACGCAAGUAGGCCUAAACAAAAUUCAAUCCAAACAGUUAUGUUGCAACAUUCAAGGGCUUUCCCCAGUAGCUAACAUCUCAGUAAGAAGGCUUCCAAUUGGCUCUAACUUUUUUGAACACUGCCAGACGAUUGGCUCCUAAAACAAAAGGAAUGGAAUGUGCAGCUCGUUUCAGCGACGUUCGUUAGCGAGGGUUAGAGCUAUAAGAACGUCUGCGAGGGAGAAUAAUGCCAUUAUAGGUAGUCCCAAUAAUAGAUAAACAAGCUUUCGUUGGUAGGGAGCUGAAAAAUAUAAGGAGAAUUUCGACGUUUGGAGCGAAGGCCCUUCGUCUGGAGUUAUACUGGCCAACUAACGCCAGACGAAGGGCCUUCGCUCGAAACGUCGAAAUUCUCCUCACAUAUUUUUUCAUGUAGUUACAUCCCUACCAAGGAAAGCUUGUUGGAUUUUUGGACUUUUUCAGGGGUUUUGGAUUAUGCGGAUUUUUUGGGGAUUUCUCCCGGACUUUGAACAGACAUUCGGCCGAGUUGGUCGGAUACAGUGUUCUUUAUAGGCUGAGCUUUGAAAACAAGCAAUAAAACUUUCACUAUUAUAGCUGUGAAAACAAACAAUGACUUCCUUUUGAAGCCAAACAAAUAUAAAUAUAAAUAGACAACAAUUAAGACGAAAACGUUUUGUUCGCUCACCGUUAAUUCCUUCGAUCAGCCAAUCAAAUCUUGCAAGAAAAUGUUCUUAAAAUUUUUUUGAAUGAAGUACAAGAUCAAGGAACAAAUAUUCGUAUAUAAAAUAAAACUGAAUCAGCGUACUGAAACAAGAAAACAAACUCACGGUCUUUGCUAUUGCUUUGCGCUAUAUCCAUUGGAUAGAUUUAUCCAUUUGAUAGGACUUAUCCACUGGAUAAGUUAUCCAGCUUCCGUACAACCGGUCACAGUUGAGUAUCUCCUUCCAGCGAAUGUCAGUGACGCCUUGUUGCUUGCACUGACCAACUGUAGCUGAAGACGUGGCGAAUAGCCUUUUGGGAUAGUGACUGCAACACUAUUGCUCGUUCUGACUCUUUGCAAUUGAUUUUGAUCCAUGAUUUCUCAUUAUUUUGACCAAUGAAUAUCUCUAUGUUGGAAUUGAAAAUAUUGGUGCAAUGAAUAUGCACCUGCACUUAGGUAGGAUGAAAAUCUUUGUAAAGAUUGCGGGCCCGAACUUGAUCAGUUCCUAGUAAACAAGCGAGUAAAAUAUGCAAAUUAUCGAGUGGAAAUUUCUAUGGUCAUUUGUUAGACCUAACCCGGAACAGAAGCGAAAAAUGCAACUUUACGUCCCUGGAAGGAAUCGAACCUGCGGCCCUGCGAUUCCUGCCAAAGCCUAAAGUUGCAUUUUUCGCUUCUGUUCCUGGUUAGAUCUGAUAGAUGUAUAUAAAUUUCCGCUCGAUUAUUCCCAUCUACAAUACCAUUCAACUAAGAUUCAAUCGAGUGAGAUGCCCAUAGAAUCUUGAUAAGAGUAAAAUAUGGCACUGACAUUUAUGAGAUAAUAUUUUAGAUGUCUGGACGAAUCAAUUAUCUUAUAAAUGUAUUAUCUUAUAAUUAUAUCAAUUAUCAACACGUCAUUUCAUCUCAGCAUACUUAGGCCAUUGGAAAUUUUAGCCAUAUGAUACAGAAGCCAAAUUUUUUUAUAUAAAUGUGUUCAAUAGUAAUCUUGUUUUAGCAAAGAGACGUCGCAUCUUACCCUGUCUUAAAAGUCUGAAAGUUUGAUUUAGAGAACGUUAAACUAUUUUUGCUUUGAUUUUCAGGACACAAGAGAUAGUGACGAGAUGCAGAUGAAGGAGAUGAAUUAGACUGAGAUCGAACCGUGCCCUUGUCAAAAAAAAAUUGGGGAAAUCUGCUUAGAAGUUAGAACUAGUUUAACCACAGGGUAGUGAGUGCUGUCUUUGUAUAGCAUUGUUCCCAAAUCUUUAGUAUAGUAAAGAACAAUAAUAAGAAAUAUCUGUAAUGAAUUGGAAUCAUCCAUAAUUUAUACAUCAACGUUAUUAAAAACAGCCAAUUAUACCAGGGGUUAAAGGGCAAUGACAAUGACAUGCAGGUGACGUUUAACAUGUGCGACUGUGCGUCUCACUAAUUAAAAUUUGCGUGUUUAAUAAUAAUGUUUAUCAAAGAAGGCAAAAUAUAUAUACAAGCCAACCUCACAUGUGGAAUCUAUUCACUUACGCACUGCCUUGUGAUGCAGUACAAGUAUAAAUACAAAUAACAAAGCAUUUUUAAAUACUAAAACAUAAUUAAAUCAUACGGCACAUUCAAGAUUUUAUUAAUAUCGUAUUUCAGCCGCGUUCAUACUGCUUGGCGCAUUCGCUGCGUUAUAUUCAUUUAUAUAUACACAGAUUUAUUACUAAUAAAUCAAAACUAUAUGAUAAUAUAUAAAACUCACAAAGUGCAUAAAUAAACCUUUUUAAAGCAUGCCAUUGUCAUUGCAGACCAGAGGCAAAAACCAAAAAGCAUUGUCAACCACAUACCAAAUUUAAGCAAUCGUGAAAUCAUAUGCAUGAAAGAAUACGGAAAUAAUGUUGAAUGAAAGCAUCGCGUAUAAUGUUAAAAGCACCUCGUAUAAUGCUUGAACAACUGCGUAUAAUUGCGAACCACCCCGUAUAUUAAAUUGGUAAAAGCACCCCGGUAUGAUGGCGAAAGCACCGCGUAUAAUCGGCUCGAACCACCGCGUAUAUUGGCGAAAGCACCGCAUAUAAUGCCGAAACCACCGCCGUAUAAUGCUAAAAGCACCCAACAAAAUGCCGUUUGCUCACUUUAAGCCAGCUAUGGCUUUCCAUAAAAGAAGACCAAAGAUGAAAGAUGAUCACAUUGACAAGACGCCCAUUGACAAGACGCCAUAUAGUUAUAGCAGCAUGCUGGGUGAUGUCGCAACGUAUAAUUUUCCAGUCGUAAUGACUUUUAUUAUAUGUGAUUAUUAAAGCUAUAUUUACCCAACGCUAUACCCUUCAGCAAAAUAUAUACAAAAACUAGAAAAUACAUGCAUGCAGAAACCCUCGCCUUGCUGACAAAACCAUUGUAUUUUCCAAACAUGAAGUAUCUAAAGUAGUUGUCACAGUAACACGAUAAUUUUUUAAGAAUAUUCUUACAACUCCAACAUAUAUAUGUUAGGUAUGAUAUUAGACGUAAUAUAAGCU